AUGCCCACUUACUACGCCCGCGGCGUCUCGGCGCACCUAGGCGCAAUGCCUCUUGCGGAUACCAUUACACACAACAUGGUGCUAAGGAAGGGCACUGUGGCUCGGCAGCAGUGCGAGGCUGCGGAAAAGAGGCUGCUAGAGAGCAAGCAUCUCACGGAGGAGCGUGUUUUCUUUCCUGGAGACGAGGCUGCCUUUGAGCUCAAUUGGCUGGGCAAUGCGCCGUUCAUGCAGGUGCAAGCUGGCAGAGACCUAUUCCAACCGACAGAUGAGAAGGGCAACCUCGCAUUGAAGUCUCACGACGGCAAACCCAGAGCUCUCGUACUUCACGUCCAGCUGUCCAACAAGACUUUCGCCUCAGGUAUGGACAGCAUCAGAACGCAACUCAAGAUUGACGUCUUCUUCAACGGCCAGCUCUCUAGCUGCUUAUUUUUCCCCAUCCAUGACGUGCGCUCUGGUGCCAAGUCAAUUCAUCAGGUCUUUGCUGGCACCCGCAUCGACUUCCUCGCAGAGCGACCGUGGGUUGUACUGCCGCCUGGUGUCACCGCAGACGGCAACAUGCGAAGGGUCAACAAAGUAUCGUCUGCACAACAGCGAUGGCAACAAAUCUGCCAGGCACUGCAGAACGAAUCAGAUGAGCGGGGCAAGGACAAAGCUGGCAGUAUUUCCCCAAGUGCGGAGUUCCUGACCGCUCUAGCAAAUAUGCAGAUGCCAGCGCAAGUGAGAGAAAUGCAGAAGCCGGAUGGGAGACAGUUUGGCGUCAUCGACCUAGUCAUCUCCGCUGGUAACGGUAGGAAGGUCACCAGUGGUACGAGCUAUCUAAAGGCGCCGCAGAGACUCGCAGAUGAGAACUACCCGUUCUCGUUUGGGAGCGAUGGCGCCAUGAAACAGUUAUACUCUGCGGAACCAAGUCCAGAAAUUAUCGAUAUCGAUGCCGAAAGGGACAGCGAUUCGUGUUAUGAACCUCAACCCAAAGGGCGGGCUUCAACGCCUAACGUGCUCUCGAUGCAGUCUGUGCCUAAAAAUUCGACUCUAAAGCUCCGGAGCAAUUCGUUCAUGAGCAUGCAGGUACCAGCGAUGCUUCCACCAAACCAGAGUUCGCCUUCGCCCGCUGCAAGAGAUGAACAUCAAAGAUAUACGUUCUCCACGAUCCAAAAUGGUGGUCAGACUAGAUUAUCUUCAUCUCCCGAGCGCAUUCGGGCGCACAAUGAGGACCAAGAUGCAAUUGUUCGCGCUAAUAGCACUCCGCAAGCCCUCUACUCUGAACCGAACUCUGGUUCUACUUUCGCCCACACUCCGCAUAUGCGUGCGUCGCCCGGCAGCCUCCAAUUUCCUAACCCGGUUCUAGGUCAAGGUUCACCUAGCGACUUGAUGAACCUUAUGCCGUUGGGUAGUGGAGGGCCAGUGUCGAAUUCAAUUGACUCUCACAUAACACCCCUUUCCCGCUAUCCUACUCCCUCGAGUCAUAGUCGAAUCAGUAUUGGCUCACAUUUUCAUGCACCUAGCCUGUCGCCUCAUACGCCACCAUAUUUCGGUCCACAUGGUAUGAUACCAUUUACCGGAUUUUCAUUCCCUCCGCCGCCCUAUAGCCGAUCCGCUACACUGUUACCACCCAAAGGCCUGUAUACUGUGCCUACCAAGCCAAAGACUAGAAUAUAUUCGCCAAAAGGCCCACGACUCAUCGAUCAGGACAACGCUCGGUCAAGCAUUCUGGUCAAUCGGCUCGUUGUCACAGGAAAGAAUGGGGCCACUCUCGUGGACCACCGCUGGUCUAUUGCACAGCGCGUAGCUGUUCAUUGGGACGCCUCUAAUGCUGAUCAGUCUCCUGAUAGGGCGUGUCUUAGUAGUAAGGAACAUCCAGUAAGGUCAACAGAGCAUGCUGAGCUUGCCAUUGGAGUUCGCCGGUCGAGGAGAGGCACUGUCCAGAUGCCUCCUCUGCCGCCAACUUGUCCAGUAACAAUGGACAACGCUAGUCCUCAUAAGCGAUUACGAAAUACUACUGGUGACGAGCAGACCCAAAAGCGACAAAAACUUGAAGUAGCCGAUCUUGCACUUACGUCUGUCCCAAGCAAGCAAUCUUCGUCGAACAUAUAUAACGCCACUGUCGGGGAUAUCAAGUUGUCCGCCCCAAAUGUGAUGGCUACUUCUCUAAAAGUGACGCGGCCGGCGCCACAACGUUGUACAGCUACCAGCACUGGCAUUCUCGGUGUUCAGGGCCCUAAAGCGACCCCGUUCUGGCUUGAAGACCCUGAAGUCGUACUGCGAGAAGCAGCAAGAUUGCGGCGGUCGAUGUCUCCUACUAAGCGAAAGACCGAAUCUGCAGUUGUACCUCAGUCAAAGCCCUCAGCACCUGUUCCGAGUAGCAUGGGUGCGUCAGAGAAAGUUCCGUCCUCUCCUCUCUCAAGUGCGCCUACUACACCCGACCCUGAAGUAGUUCAUGUACUAAAAAACGUGUCUGCCGAAGUCGCUACCCUAUCGCCUUCCAAUACUGCGGCUUCAAUAGUGCAGGUCGAUGCCUCACCUAAGCGAAAGACUGCUCCUACGCUACCUCGCACCCCACAAUUCGAUUCAAAGCUCACCUCUACAGCAACACGGCAACUUCAAGCCCAAGGCCCAACCACACCAAAAUCUUCGCCCUCACGCAACACCAAGGAGCAAAAGACCUUCAAGCGCUAUAUGCCCAAACAGCCCCGAAGCCCAGAUCGUCUGAAGACAGUGGACAACCCGCCACUCAACACAGAUUGCGUGAUUGCAUAUGCGGAAAGUGAGGACAAGGAUAGUAAACGAGGUGUGCUGAGGCAGGUCAAGGGUGAACGACAGGGUGUAUUCCAGGAGGAGUAUGUCGUCUUUGCGACGAGAUUCUUUCUUGCUGGGGAGUAG